AUGUUUCAGGGAGAAAAGGGUCGAUCUCUUCCGGGACAGAAAGGAGACGAGGGGGAUCAGGGCCUCCAGGGGCCACCGGGGCCGUUUGAGUACGUCGACCCUCCAGAAGACCUGUACAUUAAAGGAGAACAGGGUACUCAGGGGCUUAAAGGAGUCUGUGGAAGGCAGGGACUGCCGGGUUUGGACCCUCUCACAGGGCUCAAAGGAGAGAAAGGCAUUGUGGGACUUCCUGGUCCCAGGGGAUUUUCUGGUAACCCUGGUCUGCCCGGGGACAGAGGAUUCAAGGGGAUCCGAGGAAGUCCAGGUCUCCCGGGUCUGAUUGGACGAGAGGGUCCCAUGGGCAUGCUGGGAGAUCCAGGUCCUAAAGGCCUCCCUCAGGAUGUGGAAGUCACGCACUCAGGUGACGUUGGAGACCUCGGGGCUCCUGGACUGAGGGGCCCUCCGGGAGACAUCGGGCUGAUGGGAAUGCACGGCCCCCCCGGAGCCCCUGGUAGAUCCACACCAGGUCCGUCGGGUGUUGUGGGUCAGAGGGGAGUUCCGGGAUCCAGAGGGGAAAAAGGAGAUCCAGGUCAGGUGUAUAGAGGCGGACCCACACCCGGAGAACCUGGAAAACCAGGACGUCCCGGACCCAGGGGACUGAAAGGAGAACAGGGGAGUCCAGGUAGUUACUGUCUUCCCGGAGCCCCCGGAGAGUCUGGAUGUCCAGGUGAUCCGGGGCCCCCGGGGGCCCAAGGCUUCCUAGGGUUCCAAGGUAGCCCUGGCGACUGUUCUUGUGGCCCCCCAGUUGUGCUGAGGGGCCCCCCUGGCAGUGUGGGUGACCCGGGGUCUCCAGGGUUUCCAGGACCUCCAGGGGCCCAAGGGCCGAGAGGAGAGGGAGGUUUUCCUGGAGACACAGGAGAACGCGGACAACAGGGUCUGGGUGGAUUUCCAGGUGUCAAAGGGUUCAAAGGUCAAAAGGGAGAUUUCACUGUGGUGGAUUUUCAAGGUGAGAAAGGAAACCGGGGCCAGCGGGGCCCUGUAGGCAGACAAGGAUUCUCAGGGAGAAGAGGACUCGAUGGGCCCCUGGGGGCCCCUGGAAACCCCGGCCCCAAGGGAGAAAGUUUUGCCAGUUGUCCCGGAGAAAGAGGCCUCCCUGGACUUCCAGGGCUAAAGGGCUCAUCAGGACCUUCAGGCCCCGAUGGACGAGGUGUAGUUGGAGCAGUAGGACAACGUGGGGAACCUGGGGACCCGGGACCUGAAGGAUUCCCUGGCCCCCCAGGACCGAAGGGGGUUAGAGGGGACAAUCUGCCCUGUGUGCCCAGAAACCCUGGUGCCCCCGGAGAGAAAGGAGACACUGGAGAUGCAGGUUACAGAGGACUGCCGGGUCCUCCAGGUUUUCGUGGCAUCACUGGACCUGAUGGACCUAAAGGGGACAGAGGCCGACCUGGACUGCCUGGACCACUUGGACGACAAGGGCCUCCAGGUUUUGUUGGUGAUACCGGAGAAGAAGGACCUGAAGGCAUCAGUUUUGGUGGAGAUCCAGGUUCCCCGGGGCUCCCAGGCUCUUCUGGACUCAGGGGCCCAGCGGGAGACUCUGAUGUCGGGCCCUCAGGACCCAUUGGCUUUCCGGGACGACCGGGCUCUCAGGGACCUAAAGGAGUUCCUGGCCCCCCCGGCAUCAACGGACUAAAAGGACUCAUGGGUCUGGCUGGGGGCCCCGGAGUGCAGGGCCAGAGAGGACAGGAUGGGGCCCCAGGUAUGGCUGGCCCCCAGGGGCCCACACCUGACUUUUGUGAUGCAGGGAAACCUGGUCCCAUGGGCCUUUUUGGCCCUCAAGGACCCAUAGGACCCCCAGCUUUUUAUGGGGAGAAAGGUGAGAUUGGACAGGAGGGUCUGCCAGGUUUUGGCCCUCAAGGCCCUCAAGGUAAACCAGGCUCUUCAGGUUUCCCAGGGUACCCGGGGCCCCAGGGCCCCACUGGUCCCGUCGGCGACUCCGGACUGCCGGGGCUCGACGGUCGGAAAGGUCUGAUGGGGCCGUGGGGCCAGGGCGGAGGGCCAGGGGCCCCUGGACGGACUGGGGCCCUCGGUGCCCCGGGGAGGGCCGGGGAGAGAGGAUCCAAUGGACGAGACGGAGGUCCAGGAUGUGAGAGCCAGAAAGGAGAGAAAGGCUUUAAAGGGGCCCUGGGGCCUCCAGGAGAGACCACGGUUGUCCCCAUCAAAGGAGACCGAGGGAAAGAAGGACCGCCGGGCAUCAACGGCUUUCCUGGACCACGAGGAAGUGAAGGUGUGCGAGGCGCUGCCAGCAAGCCGGGGUAUCCAGGCAUCAACGGACCCACAGGCAUCGUCGGACCCACAGGACCCUCUGCGCCCUACGGACCACCAGGACCUCCGGGAUCACCUGGACAAUCAGGACCACCAGGAUUCAUCGGCUUCCCAGGGGUGACCGGAGAUCUGGGUGACCUGGGAUGUCCUGGAAAAGUUGGAGAACCCGGUCGCCAAGGAUGUGCUGGAUCCAAAGGUGAUAAAGGAGACUCCGUUGGUUUUCCUGGUCCAUCUGGAGACCACGGGCCUCCUGGAGACUUCGGGCCCUCAGGACCUCCUGGACCUCAAGGAGAUCCAGGUGGACCCGGUUUCAUCGGGUUUCCAGGACAGAGAGGAUGCAAAGGAGAUCCAGGCGAUCACGGGGAACUGGACCCAUCAGGUGUGGUCGGUCCCCCGGGUCCCAGAGGCCGUUCGGGUUUUCCAGGUCUUCCUGGUAAAGCCGGUGGUGAUGGUCCUCCAGGACCUCCAGGCUUCCCGGGACUCCCAGGUCCUCCUGGACCGCUCGGCCUUCACGGACUGGACGGAUUGAAAGGAGUGAAGGGGGACAUGGGGACCAGAGGUCUGGGUGAAUCGGGUGCUCCAGGUUCUAUUGGUCUUCCAGGGGAUAAAGGUCCUCCAGGUCCCCCAGGACCCAUUGGUUCAUCUCAGUCCGGCCCACCAGGACCCACAGGCCCCCCAGGACCCAAAGGACCACAAGGGGAUUUGGGACCUCCGGGUAAACCUGGAACAGACUGUAAAGGUCCAAUCCCAGGGCCUUGUGGACAUCCUGGUCCUGCUGGAACGGAUGGAGAGCCAGGGUGUGCUGGUGAUGUGGGGGAUCCGGGUCAGAAUACUCCAGUACCUGGUGAUGAUGGGGACAACGGGGACACAGGGUGCCAGGGGCCAGGGGGCCCCCAAGGACCUCAGGGACCCGAAGGACUGCCAGGGAUUCACGGAAAUCCAGGACUGAAAGGUAUUCGGGGGUCUUCUGGGCUGAUGGGACUACCUGGUAAUCGGGCUCCUAGAGGCUGUGACAGUCCCGGUGGGCCUCCAGGACCAAAGGGAUCCACUGGACCGGUGGGUCCAAAGGGGGAGAUGGGACGAGUCUCAUCCUGCCCAACUUACCCUCCUGCGACGCCGGGUCCCCCAGGACCCCCUGGCCCCCCCGGUCUGGAGGGAGAUGUCGGCGUCAAGGGAGAAAUCGGCCGACUAGGACCCAAAGGUAGGAAGGGGAACAUCGGGUCCGAGGGACCCAUAGGCCCCGAGGGGCCUUCAGGUCCAGAUGGUGGCCGAGGAGGGCCGGGCCUGCCGGGGGAGAGCGGAGUUGUGGGAGCCAAAGGUGAUCCUGGUCCAAUGGGUGACCGCGGUCCUCGUGGACCAACCAAAAACUUAAACUCGGGCUUCUUGUUGGUGUUGCACAGCCAAUCAAAGACGGUUCCAUACUGCCCACUAAACAUGAGGGUCCUGUGGGUCGGAUACAGUCUGCUGUACCUGGAGGGUCAGGAGAAGGCUCACACUCAGGACCUGGGUCAGGCGGGUUCGUGUAUGCGGGUUUUCUCCACCAUGCCGUUCUCUUCCUGUAACAUGGGAACCUGCUCCUACGCCAGUCGUAACGACAAAUCCUAUUGGCUGUCGACGACGGCAGCCGUCCCCAGCAUCCCGGUGGGUGGAGCCUCCAUCGAGGACCACAUCAGCCGCUGUGUGGUGUGUGAAGCCCCCUCUUCACCGGUCGCCCUGCACAGCCAGACCUCCUACCAGCCAGACUGCCCCCCAAACUGGAGGAGCCUGUGGACCGGAUACUCGUUCCUCAUGCACACAGGAGCCGGCGAUGAGGGCGGCGGCCAGUCUCUGACAUCAUCGGGCAGCUGUCUGCCAGACUUCAGGGCUCAGCCCUUCGUGGAGUGUCAGGGGCCCCGAGGGACCUGCCACUACUUCGCCAACAUCUACAGCUUCUGGUUGACCAGAGUGGAGACCUCCUCCUCCUACUCCUCUGACCAUGACCGCGCCUCCUCCACCACGCUGACCGAGGGCUGGAGGCAGAGGGAGAGCAUCGGGAGGUGCAGCGUCUGCAUGAGGGAGUGAGGAGCAGAAGCACCUCCUCUUCCUCCUCUUCCUCUUACUCCCCCUCUUCCUCUUCCUCCUCCUCUUCCUCCUCCUCCACACGUGUCACAACCUUGAUGUAGUCUCUGAUUGGUUGGUGGCAUUGACGAGAAGAACGCCUGAGUGAACUUCAAGCCCCGCCUCCAGAAGUGAAAACAGCCUUCUGAUUGGUCAGCUGGGAGUUUGUGACUGCGUGUCAUUGGUCAGUCAGUAUUUUGUUCAUAAGUCAGGAGAGAAUUGUGAGAGAAGCUGUGAAGAUAUUUGACAUUAAACCUUGAAAACGUGUUUUUGUUUUCCAGUUUUCUUUCAGACCGGACUGAGAAGCUCGACUAAAUGUUCUUUAUUCAUGUUCUUCGGUUUCAGUGUAGUUACAGAACCAGAACCAGGACCAUGCAGGACCAGAACCUGAUGCUGUGUUUAAUCUUAAUAAUUCAGUUCAAUGAGAGUCGUCACUGCGUCUUUGUGUUCUAAACAAAGCUCAAUGAAUAUUUAUCUGUCUGAUAGUUUCACAAACAAACUAAACGAAAAUUUUUGAAUUUAAUUUAGCAAAAAAUAAUUUUGUAAAAUCUUGAGUGGAGGGUUUGUGGGUUUUUGUGUGAUUACAGUUCAGUGUGUCUGGUUUCGGUCCUGGUUCCGGUCCUGGUUCUGCAUUAUCUCUGAGAUUUGUAAAUAUAUUGGAACUCAACCGUUUUAUAUUUUUACUGUAAAUGUCAUCAGAGUAUUUAUUUAGCAUGAAAUUAAUGUUGGUGCUAUUUUGACGUUUCGUUUGUUUUAUUUUUGGUAAACGAUGACACGGUGAAACCCCGCCCCCUAAUUUGUUGUUUAUUAUCUUCAAACACCUCCUUAUUUCAAGAUAAAACAAACACUUAACUUCUUCACUACAUCUCCCAUGAUGCUUUGCUUUGAGAAGAGGCCUGAAGACCAAACACUUCUGUUACAAAGUGGACUUCAGCUCAGCAGUAAAUCCUCGUUAAUCUAAAACACCAUCAGUCAGCACAUUAAAUACAACGAAUCAAAUGAGAUAAACAGGUGUAAAGAAAGUGGGCGGGGCUUCAUUAUUACCUGAGGGGUGGGGGGGUGUCGCUUUGUCAUCAUAUUUUUAUUGUCGUUGAUAUUUUAAUCUCUGUAGAAGGAAACUUCUCACUAACAUUUGUGAAGCAUUUUAUUCUCUGUGGACAGAAAACUCUUCAAUAAAUCGCAUCAAUUUCA